GUCGAGCGUCGGGAUCGGUGGCGGGAGCAGCAACACACAGCGCCUGCCUGCCUUCCUCUCAGCGAGCAGCUCUUCUUGACAAAGCUCCUCCAGCUUUCGGCCUGCCUGCUUCCCCGCUUGCUCGGCGCCGGCUCUCGAGGGCGGGAGGAGCCGAAGAAGGAAGGCACCUCCGGAAACUGUGGAAUGUUGUGAAGACCUUACCAGCUCCACAAUCAUAGACAGAAUACGUUUGGGACUAUUCUCUGUUGGAGUCUAUACUUCAUCUGUCAAAGCAUUGAAUUUUUGCUGGAUCUGUAACCUGCCUUGAGUUCCCUCCGAGGUUGAGAAAGGAGAGCGUUUCCACGUCUUCCACAAUGAAUCCUGUUUACAGCCCCGUUCAACCUGGGGCUCCCUACGGAAACCCUAAGAACAUGGCCUAUACAGGUUACCCAGCAGGAUACCCCACAGCUGCCCCUACCUACAACCCAAAUAUGUACCAGACCACCAGCCCCGGCUAUGCUCCAGCGACGCUUCUGAUGAAACAGGCCUGGCCUCAGACAUCGUCCUCUUGUGCCACGGAGGGUACCUUUCACCUCCCAGUGGACACUGGGACCGAGAACAGGACUUACCAAGCUUCAUCAGCCGCAUUCAGGUAUACUGCUGGAACACCCUACAAGGUCCCUCCUACCCAGAGUAACAGUGCACCUCCUCCAUAUUCUCCAUCUCCAAAUCCUUACCAAACUGCUAUGUACCCUAUCCGAAGUGCCUAUCCACAGCAGAACCUAUAUGCCCAGGGAGCGUAUUACACACAGCCGGUGUAUGCAGCGCAGCCUCAUGUCAUCCAUCACACCACCGUGGUCCAGCCAAACAGCAUCCCAUCUGCUAUUUAUCCUGCCCCCGUGGCUGCCCAGAGGACUAACGGCGUGACCAUGGGGAUGGUAGCUGGGACCACCAUGGCAAUGUCAGCAGGCACUCUGUUGACCACUCCUCAGCACACUGCAAUUGGAGCACAUCCCGUCUCGGUGCCAACGUACAGGGCUCAAGGGACCCCUGCCUACAGCUAUGUACCUCCCCACUGGUAAUCUCAUUAGCCAAUCCACAUCUGGAGUCAAACAUUGUAUGCAACAACUCAAGUCUUACAUCGGUGCUGGAGCAGCGGUCCCAAGGCACCAAGUCUGUUAGCAAGAACACACAAAGUACAAAGGGUCACUUGAUGCAUUCUUAAGGGUUUUCGUUUUCUAAAAAGCUUGCUUCAGUUAAUCUUGGGUUUUCUUUCUUUGUUUGUUUUUAAAAAAGCCACUUUCCUACCCUUGGGCCCAAGCUCUUGCCUCCUUUUGCUUCUUCCUCCACACCACCUCCCUGGGAAUGGUUUCAUGCUGCUGCAGAUGCUAAGCAAUACUCACGCUUCUCUGUUUCACACCUUCCCCUUCAUUCCUCAACUCAAGGGUUGCAGAUGUCUUCUGAUGCUACCCAUUUCAUUCCUAGAGUCCAUUUUGGUUUUACAAGCAAGAAUGAUUGAUGUUCAGGGUUUGAGAGGGAGGAGGAGAAGAAAAAGCACAGCGCUGGCAGGCGUGUCUUGUCCCCAUUACGCUUUCAUUAAUAUCAUUCUACCUGUCUCUGUCUCUAUGUAUGUUCGAUUAUUUCAUCUUCCAUUAUGCGAUAUGAAAAAAUUGGUGUCUUCCAGAUAGAUGUCGGAAUUAGAUUUACAGUUCAUUAUCUGUGCUGACGGGUGGAACUUGUCCCCCUUUUCUUUUUUGUAUAGGAAUAAGCAGAGGAAGGGAUGACACAAAUCAAGCAGGAGCAGGAGAGCUGCUAGUCAGCUAGAGGUUUUGCUUGUGUGUAUUUUUACAUUGUUGUGGUGUUUGUGCAUACUCUACCCAUACACAUCAUACAAGAAAAGCCUGAUGAGGGUGCAUGCUAGCAGGGGAUAUCACAUUGACAAGAGCCAUUCUCUUGCUUUUAUAGGAAUUUAACUUUUUCCAAACUUGAAAGGUUUUGCGAAAGUUGAGGAGCAGUCAGUCAAGAGCAGAAAGGAAUGCUACAGGCAAACACAGCAACUGCAACAAGAAGGAAAGAUUUUUGAGUCUGAAAGAUGUCAGAUUUGACCAGUUGCUUACAUAGAAUGAAAGAUAGCAAAUGGCUUCUGAUGGCUAGUUUCAUGGACAGGUCGCUCUACCAAAUUGCAAGUUCAGUAAAGUGUCCGAGAAGUCCCCUAUAAUAAAAUGUACCCUUUUCUGAUGCCUGCUGAAACCUUUUUAGGCUUUGGUUCCAUUUAGCAGCUCACUCGCACUUUUGUUCCAUAGUUUUUGCUUGCAGCAAACUUUCUUUCCAUUCUCCAGAGUCAUAUUACUGACAUACCAACCAGUUUGCUUUUGUGAAAUGGUCCAAAUCUGCAGGAAGACCCCUGAAGAUUCAGGAGCAGAGUGUCCACACCUUCUUUUUGGAGCAAAUGGAGAUACUUUGGCAUUGAUGGAAGUUACCGGGCCAGUUUGUUUGAAAUACAGCCCAAGUCAGUGGGGAAGGGAUGGUCUCCUAUCUAGGAAGGAGGCCUUGGGCAAAAGACAGAAAAGUGAGAAAGACUAUAUUGCAAAUAAGGUUAAGGUGUGCAGAUUUGGGACAACCCAAUCUGGAGGCUGCUUUCCAGGAUUAGACAAAGUGAGGUUCAGCUGACAAUAGCCAGGGCUGAAAAGAUUGUAGAGAAGAUGUUUAUAUAUUGAGACGUCCUGCUGGUGUUGUAAGAUCAGAUUUGCCGUGAUUUCCAUUGAAAGUCAAGGUAAAGUUGAAUUAGUCCCUACUCUCCCUUCAUUGUUCCUUUAAUGACUUCCUUACAGUGUCUUUCAAUGUCCUCCUUCCAACAGGCAGGUAUUUCCAAUGUUUCUGUGAGUUUCCAGGUUUGGAUUCUUUAUGCUAUGUGUGUGUGUUAUUUUAGGCAUUGUUUGGGGUCUUCUUCUUCAUUUCUUGGGUUUUAUUUUUGGAAGGACUUGUAGGGUGUUGCAAAAUUAAGAAAUUCACCUGGGAGCGGAGUCUGGACUCUUGGGGAAAGGGCUUGUCAAUGGAGAGAUCUCUUUAGCUUUGCACCAUUUUCCUUUGAUGCUCUGAAGAUCCUCUUCGACAGGUUCUGCACUUGGACAAAUUCUGAUAAAAGGCGCCUGAAAAGAGUUGUAAUUGGACUUCAGGAGAGACUUUCCAAGACAUUCGAGAGGUAACUGGCCCAUCAAUCAAUCAGUCAGUCAAAGGUCUUUUCUAGAAGGAAGGUGGAAUUGAAAACUGCUAGAAGGAUGGUGAGAUGGAGCUGAAAUAGCAUCAAAUGGGGAUACAAUCUGGUAUUUUCCCCAUAUUUUAGAUAAAUGAGUUGCUGGUGUCAGUGUGAUGCUAAAGAGAUAGAUUCCAAUGGUAGUGGAAGCAAAGAUGGUAUUUGAAAUGGUACUGGAGGGUCCAAAGUCAUCUUCAGAAUCACACUGCCAGUUUGCACGUUUGAUAGGGCAGGAAAGCUGAGUUUGAAAGGAAAGAGCCGAGAGACCAGACUGGAGAGUCCAAAAAGAGCAGGUUGUAAUAGGGGAAGAUUAGGACCAUUUUGAGAUCAUGUUUGUUCCAAUCCUUCUUGGGUCUUCUGGCCUGGAAAUUAGAAGCAAUCAUGGAAAUAGUUGUGGGGCAUCAUCAUUUUGAAGAGCAACAUGGAUGAAAUUUAUCUAUCUAUCUAUCUAUCUAUCUCUGGGCUAAUUCUGGCUCCAUAGUUUGGUUCUCAUCACAUUGUCCUCGAGAUAUGUUUAAAGGAAUUCUUAGAAGUGUCCGGUUUUGGAAGGUGAUGUCAGGGCUGGAAAGCUGCUUACUCUUUGGACAAAGAGAUCUGUUUUCCUAUUUACUUUGUGCGCAUGUAGACCAUUUCAGUAAGGUGAACCUGUAAGAGCUGUCAGGCCGAGAAAGAGCCACCUGAAUAUUGAUCAUUAUUUCUAGAGCAUUUCCUGUGUGGAAAAGUGGCUUUUUACCAUUUAGUGACCACCCAGAAGUCAGGGAAAGAUGAACAGUAGAAGGUUGUCCAAGUGGAGGACUGUUGUAGUUGGCAUGUGCUAUGACUGUGUUCCCUUCCCCAUGUGAUUGAUGUUUGUAAAAGGCUGAAAACCCAUCAGAGAGCUGUAUUCCACUCUCUGACCCCAUAAAUUGCUCCAGUUCUGUGCAGGUCACUUUCACAGGGGAUGGAUUUUCACCAUUAAGAGAAAAACCCUUUUUUCUCCUCUUAAGUUGGCCACCUUCUCUUGGAAGUACCUCCCAAAUAGACCAACUUGCCAAGAUUAUCCUAAUUCAGGCAUAGGAAUUUCAGCUUUGAAGUACCAUAUAUACUCAUGUAUAAGCCGACCUUAUGUAUAAGUCAAGGGCAGAUUUUGGAGCCAAAUUUAUAGCUUUUGAUAUGACCUAUGGACAAGUCGAAGGUCUGUCACAGAGAUGGGAAAAUACUAAUGCCCCUUUCCUUAUCUAGACAUUUUUAAAAAACCAUCAAUGGAGAGAAGGACCAGUGUUUCUUUCAGGUUCUCCUGGGAUGGUCCAAGCUCUUGCCUUCCACCGCUCUGCUCAGUUGAUAAAAGUUAAGGUACAAUAUUUACACUGAUCCAGGUUUUUUGGGAGGGUUGAUUUUUUUGUCAAAAAUUUAUAGACUUAUUCGUGAGUAUAUAGGGUAAUUGGCACCCAGUGUUUAAGGAUGCAAGUCAUUCUCAAGAGCUCUAUUUGUAUAUAGCUGUAUAAAGUGUAUACUGUACUUUUAAAUUUGACUGUAAAGCAUCUCGGCAAAAGAAAAGCUGAGGAGUAACUGGGGUGCAAUGUAUUUGGGGGGGGGGCAUUUUGAAUGGCCCCAACAUGACGUAUGCAGUGAAACCAGAGUCAGAUGCAGAAAAGCUAGGAGUGUGUUGCCUUCUUUAUGUUUUUGGCUGCUGCUUCUGCACCUCUUGCUGUAUCAUCUUCAUUCGUGUUUACAUUUUGGGACGCCAUUGUCAUUCACCCACGGAGACCCGACCUCUCUCUGCCCUUCCUUACCCACCUCGUUGCUCUCCUUCUGUGCAGGAUACCCUCACCUUAAAACCAUGGGCUGUAAAGCAAGUCUUGGGGUUGGGGAGGGGGGAGAAAACCUUGAAAAGAAUGCAUAUUAAUCAUUGUCCUGGCCCAGAACCACAUCCACGACCUUCGGAGGUGCCUCCCAGCCACAACUCCAGGAAAACCGAACUGUGUGUACGAGUAUUUGCUCCUGUAUUUGAUGAACCAUGAUAACCUAGUCGAUCCUUUUUUUGUUUGUUCUUUUGCAGUUCAGACAUGUAAUUUAAAAGACGCUUUUUACCAUAAGUGUUAUUUAAGUUUUUGUUUUUUAAUGAUUGAUGUUUAUUAUUAUUAUUACUAUUCUUCACUAGAGGAACUUUAUGGUUGAACUGGUUGGAGCUACAGGGAGCGCUUCAGAACACAAGUCUGCGGGCUUUCGCCAGGACCUGCUCUCCCGACCGGCGGUUGGUUGUGUUGUUGCAUUUAAGUAAAGACACCACUAAUAAAUCCUAAGUGGAUCAAGACACAAUCACCUCAACUGAGAUAGACAAGGGUUAGGAAUGUUGGGAAUGGAAGAGCCGUUGAGCUCUAAUCACCUUCUUUUAUGAGGUAAAUUCCCAUUAAAAUAGCAGAGUAAAGAAUUGCAGCAGCGUGAAACUUACACGGGUGUGAGUUUGGAAGGCCUCUGUGUAUUCAGGAAGGUAAAGGGAUACAAAGUUAGCUCUAAAGUUUAAAAGCAUUUAUUGAGGUAAAAAGAAAUCCAUUGAUGGAUAGAAAAGGUUAGGACCUAACUAGCUAAUCUAUCCUGUUCUAAUACACAUAGAGGGAUUAAAAUAACAAAGCUCUAGAUAUGCUACAUCUUGGCUAUUAGAGGACAGAGGUGCGUCCUCUCUGGAAUGGCGACCAAGCCUCGUGGGUUGCCUCUUCUCUAGGGCCAUAAACAUUCCAAAGGACCAAAUUGGGGAAGUUACGUCAAAGCCCUAGAGAGAUCACAUUUCUAGAAACAUCAAAGGGUGGGCUGACCUAAAUAGGACGGGAAGCAGGAAACAAUGGUGAAUCCUAUCUAGGCAUGCUUUGGAAAUGGGGAAAGGAUUCACUCAAUCUAUCUCUAUCAUCUAUCUGACUACAUGUAGACUUGAGUAGUCCAGGAUGAAUCCCAACAAGGAAGACCACCUUUCUGUGGCAGUUGCAGGGACCAGGCUGUGGCUGUAAUGGUGGACAACCAAACAGGCUUUGGUGAGGUUAAGAUUCAGAGGUGUAGCCAUAGUCAUAGAACCAUAGCGUUAGAAAAGACCACGAGGAUCAUCGAGUUGCACCCUUGCCAUGCAGGAACACAGAAAGUACCCACCUUUGUGAAGUUCUUCCUAAUGUUCAAGUGCAAUCUCUUUUCCUGCCAUUUGAAUCCAUUGCUCCAUGUCUCCAGAGGAGCAGAAAACAAGCUUGCCCCAACCUCAACGUGACAUCCUUUCACAUAUUUAAAUAUAUCUCUUACGUCUUCUCUCAGAUUGACUUCCAGAAUUUUAACCAUUUUGGUGGCACCUUCCAGCUUAUCCAUAUCCUCCUUGAAUUGUGAGGCCAAGGCAGAAUAAGAGUGGGACUAUCUCAAAUAGGGUGCAGCCCCCAUAUCCAAAGAUGAUAGGACCCCAAACCUCACUUGGAUGUGCAAAACCAUAGGUAAUAGCGAACCCGAUUGAAGGGAGUGCCUUCUGGCACAAAAAUAGUAUAAAGUCACCCUUGAGGGCCUGUAAGAUGCAAAGAGGGCAUGUUCUGUUGGAUGUGGAUAAAUGAAACUGGUCACUUGGAAACAAGAAUCACCCUGUAUCCAGGGUUGUUGUAUGUCUUUCGGGCUGUAUGGCCAUGUUCCAGAAGUAUUCUCUCCUGACGUUUCGCCCACAUCUAUGGCAGGCAUCCUCAGAGGUGUGAGGCAUGGAUAAACUAGGCAAGGAAAGGAAAAAAUAUAUAUCUGUGGAGAGUCCUUUGUCAGUUGGAAGCCAGCAUUAAUGUGGAGAGUCCAGGGUGUGACAAGAGUCCUUUGUCAGUUGGAAGCCAGCAUUAAUGUUUCAGUUAAUCACCCUAAUUAGCAUUGGAAAGGACCACCAAACGCAGGAUUGCCCAAACAAGAGUCAAAGAACAUGAAAGGCACUGCAGACUAAUUCAACCAGAGAAAUCAGCCAUAGCAGAGCACUUGAUGAACCAGCCUGGACACAGGAUAUUAUUUGAGAACACAGAAAUGCUGGACCAUAGAAUCAUAGAAUCAUAGAAUAGUAGAGUUGGAAGAGACCACAUGGGCCAUCUAGUCCAACCCCCUGCUAAGAAGCAGGAAAUCGCAUUCAAAGCACCCCCGACAGAUGGCCAUCCAGCCUCUGCUUAAAAGCCUCCAAGGAAGGAGCCUCCACCACAGCCCGGGGGAGAGUGUUCCACUGUCGAACAGCCCUCACAGUGAGGAAGUUCUUCCUGAUGUUCAGGUGGAAUCUCCUUUCCUGUAGUUUGAAGCCCUUGUUCCAUUGUGUCCUAGUCUGCAGGGCAGCAGAAAACAAGCUUGCUCCUUCCUCCCUAUGACUUCCCUUCACGUAUUUGUACAUGGCUAUCAUGUCUCCUCUCAGCCUUCUCUUCUGCAGGCUAAACAUGCCCAGCUCUUUAAGCCUCUCCUCAUAGGGCUUGUUCUCCAGACCCUUAAUCAUUUUAGUCGCCCUCCUCUGGACGCUUUCCAGCUUGUCAACAUCUCCCUUCAACUGUGGUGCCCAAAAUUGGACACAGUGUGAUUCCAGGUGUGGUCUGACCAAGGCAGAAUAGAAUAAGGGGGAGCAUAACUUCCCUGGAUCUAGACGCUAUUCCCCUAUUGAUGCAGGCCAGAAUCCCGUUGGCUUUUUUAGCUGCUGCAUCACAUUGUUGGCUCAUGUUUAACUUGUUGUCCACAAGGACUCCAAGGUCUUUUUCGCACACACUGCUGUCAAGCCAGGCGUCCCCCAUUCUGUAUCUUUGAUUUCCAUUUUUUCUGUGAAGUGAAGUAUCUUGCAUUUGUCCCUGUUGAACUUCAUUUUGUUAGUUUUGGCCCAUCUCUCUAGUCUGUCAAGAUCGUUUUGAAUUCUGCUCCUGUCUUCUGGAAUGUUAGCUCUCCCUCCCAGUUUUGUGUCGUCUGCAAACUUGAUGAUCGUGCCUUCUAACCCUUCGUCUAAGUCGUUAAUAAAGAUGUUGAACAGAACCGGGCCCAGGACGGAGCCCUGCUUGUGGCACUCCACUUGUCACUUCUUUCCAUGAUGAAGAUGACGCAUUAGUGAGCACCCUUUGGGUUCGUUCGCUUAGCCAAUUGCAGAUCCACCUAACCGUAGUUUUGUCUAGCCCACAUUUUACUAGUUUAUUUGCCAGAAGGUCGUGGGGGACUUUGUCGAAGGCCUUACUGAAAUCCAGGUACGCGACAUCCACAGCAUUCCCUGUAUCGACCCAACUCGUAACUCUAUCGAAAAAAGAGAUCAGAUUAGUCUGGCAUGACUUGUUUUUGGUAAAGUCAACAACUAUCAUGUCAGACUACACAGAGAACCAUUGAAAUCCACAAGCAUGUGGACAACUUCAUCAGAAAGGAGGAAACCAUGAAAAUGAACAAAAUCUGGCUACCAGUAUUUAAAAAACUCUAAAAUCAAAGCAGUAGAUGGGAAGCAACACUCUGAGGGCAGAGGAGCCCCAAGGACAGCUAAUGACUGAACAAAGGAUGCCCCCCAGGCAAGAGACAAACCUUUCCAAUGCUAAUUAGGGUGAUUAACUGAAACAUUAAUGCUUGCUUCCAACUGACAAAGGACUCUUGUCACACCCUGGACUCUCCACAGAUAUAUAUUCAUUCCUUUCCUUACUUAGUUUAUCCAUACCUCACAACUUCUGAGGAUGCCUGCCACAGAUAUGGGCGAAACGUCAGGAGAGAAUACUUCUGGAACAUGGCCACACAGCCCGAAAGACAUACAACAACCCUGUGAUCCCGGCCAUGAAAGCCUUCGACAACACACCCUGUAUCCAUUUGUCAAGGGAUCUUGAAGCACCUUAGAAAUUAACCUGAGAGAACAACAUUGGUAGUCUAAGCUUUCAUAAACUCUGUUUAACCCUUCUGACAUGCAUCAAAAGUGACAUGGGGGAAAUAAUGGAUCUCAUUUGACUUUGAAGGCCAGCUGAUCUAUUUUGGCAUGAUCUUUUUGUGGAUAUCGAUCCAUUCCUUCGCAUUCCCUGAUGGGUCCAGGCUUUAAGGUGCUUCCACCUCCUCCUUUCCUUUUGAUGCCGUGACAGACUAACACAGAUAUCCUUUGGAAAAGGCACUCCACACGGCCCUCUAAAUCUACUUGUUUUAGACCCAGGCAAUUCCUUGCAUUUGCUUUAGUAUAAGAGAUCGUUUUCCCUUUGUACCUUUUUGUAAGCCUUUUAAAGAAAACACAUACAAAAACAGAACUGUAAGCUAGACAAUAGCCUCUUCGAAGGAGAAAUAGGGAACAAACCCACCAGCUUAAAUGAAGCAAUAAGGACCAUAAAGUGUCACACAAGGAUCAUCCUUUGCCAUUUGUUUGAUGGGUUUUAAGGGGCCUUUCUACAUCCCCUGGCCAGGGUUUUGUGGGGCCAUUCAUAUCGCUUUGAAUUUGGUGUUGACAUCCUGAUGAAACAAAAUGCAGUUGGGAGGAUUGUGUCUGCCCUUCACUUAGUGUUUUGGCAAGCCCUUGUUCGCAGCAGUGACCCACUGAGUCGCACAACGUGGUUUGGAUGUGGCAUCUGUUCUCUGCCAUGUGCUCUGGAGGUGGGCUGAGAUCCUUUUAAUCCUCCCCAAUCAGUCCCAUUUGUGGCAAAAUCAUUUUCAAUAUAUCCUUCUGCUAAGAGCUUGGGUCCCGUACCAGGAAGAAUGGAUGGAAACUAAAUAGAGAAAUACAUAAAAUAGCUACCGUGUUUCCCCGAAAAUAUGACAGUGUCUUAUAUUAAUUUUUGCUCCCAAAGAUGUGCUAGGUCUUAUUUUCAGGGGAUGUCUUAUUUUUCAAUGAAGAAAAAUUCACAUUUAUUGUUGAACAAAAAAAAAAGAACACUUAUUAUAUACUAUACAAGUAGUUGUCAUCACAAACCAACAUAACCAGACAAACUGAAUCCUAUCAAGAAUUCCUUGUUACUACCAUUAUUUACAUGUACAACACACUAUGGUACGUACAUUUACCAAUUCUGCAUGCUCUGGUGUUUUGUUUGGCAGGCACCGGGCAUGCUUCCAAACAAAAACAUUGCUAGGUCUUACUUUCGGGGGAGGCAUUAUAUUUAGCAAUUCAGCAAAACCUCUACUAGGUCUUAUUUUCCGGGGAUGUCUUAUUUUUGGGGAAACAGGGUAAGGGGGGUUUGCACAGGAUGGAAUACCCUCUUUUAACCUCACAACUCUCUAAGGCAAGAAUCCCAGUGGUAAGAAGGGACCCCAAAGGCCAUCCAGUCCAACCCCAUGCUGCCAAGAAAGAAGACGCAACACACAACCUUUUGGCAGAUGACCAUCCAGCCUUUGCUUUAAAACCCUUUCACACAGACUGACAUCGGUACAUUUAUCACUUAUAUCUAUCCAUUUUAUUAUUAUUUUUCCUGUUUACAUUUCUUCCUGUUGAAAUUCAUUUUGUUAAGUUUUGGCCCAGCUCUCUAUCCGUUACGAUCAUUUUGAAUUCUGAGACUCCAGGGAUGUCUACAUUGACUGUUUAAUGCAGUUUUAAGCUGGUAUGGGAAAAAAAGUGGUUUCCGUGUGCAGAUGAUUGCAUAAGAAUUCUAGAAAACCAGUUGGGGAUGACACAAACCACAAAUGUGCAUUAAGGGCUUUCUUUCGCACACUUUUGUGGGAGUUCGUUGUCUGGACGCCGCAGUUUGAAGCUGGCUUUGAACUGCAUUAAAUGGUCAGUGUAGAUGCAUUACAUUCUCCCUACCUGUUACCCAGAGCUGGAAGUUACAAUUCCCUUUGGCUUUUGGGAGUUUCAGUCCAAAAAACUUUAUUUCCUCAAGCCUUUCUUGUGCAUUUCCCUCCAUUUUGAAGUAUCGUUUGCUUUCCACAAAAUGCAAAAUAUGGCUAUCA